AUGGACCAACUACAAAAAAAACAAAAAACUAAAUAUUCCUCUAACUAUGACUAUUUAAGGAGCAGAGAAGAAAAAAUAGAAAAAAGGAGAAAACUCUUCUUGUGCACUUUGUUACGCAAGUUUAUUAAAGUUUUCAAUAGAAUUUGCACUUCUAAUUUGCAGUGGUAUAGAGUUCCAGAACCUAACAACUUCAAUAUAAAAGGUUCUAAAAGGAAGGAAAUGAUUACGGGAUGGAAUUUUUGGGUGCGGUUUUUAUCAGAGCGAAGAGAGCGGCAGUGA